AUGGGGGCAUUCAUUGAAGGAAGCCUUGCAGAAGCGAAGUUCAUCGGGGACGACAUCUUCCCGAAGACGCUGCUCCCAUCGGCAGGCUCCAACCGAAACCUCGCCAAGUCGGUCAUCGCUGAACGCGAGUCCCUCAUAGCCGCGCUUCGCCGGCACCGCGCGCUGCUCUUCCGCGGCUUCGACGUGGCCUCCGUCGACGACUUCGAGCGCGCCGUGGAGGCCUUCGAGUGGGAGGCCUACGAAAUUGUUCCCGGCAGCACCACACGUGUUAAGCUCUCCGAACGCAUCUACACCGCCAACGAGGCUUCAGUGGACCUGUUCAUAAACUUCCACCACGAGAUGUCUCUGCGGAAGCCGAUGCCAUCGAAGAUAAUCUUCUGCUGCAGUGAGCCAUCGCCGGAGAAAGGGGAGACGUCGAUAGUCGCUAGUGAUGAGAUCAUUGAGAAGAUGGAGGAGAGGAUGCCGGAGUUCAUGGCGAAGAUAGCUGAAGUCGGAUUAAUUCAUGGUAGCAUAACGGGCAGCGACGCAGAUGCUGGCACGCAUACCGUUCUUAAUCAGUCCUGGAAAUCCUUUCUGGGCACCGACGAUGAGGUUGAGGCCGAGAAAAGGGCCAGAAAAAGCCAUUUCUCCGAGAAACUUAACUUCUUCAGCAAUGGCAGCGCAGAGUUUGUUUACGGUCCCUUAAAUCCAGUGUUUGAACACGAGGGAAAGCGGGCGUGGCACAUCCCAAUUCAUGGCUACACUGAUAAUAUAAAUAUGGCGACCAACAAAUUUGGUGACGGAAGCGCUUUUCCUUCGGAAGUGUUUGGCAUUUACGAGCAGCUUUUGGAAGAGAAUUGCAUUGACAUCAAAUGGCAGAAAGGUGACGUUUUGCUUCUCGAUAACUUGGUUGUUCAGCAUGCAAGAAGGCCGGGAAAGCCACCACGACGUCUGCUUGCGUCUAUAUGCAAAUAA